AUGCAACAGACCCAUGCAAUUAACACAGGAUCAGUAAAAGACUUGGAUAAGGUUUGGCAGAUGUGGCAGUACAUCUUUCCCAAAUGGUCCAUUGACCGUCUACGACUUCAAGCCAUACUAUCAAGUCCGAGCGCUAGACUAUAUAUCCAUGAGAAAGGGUUCUGCCUUGCAUUCUUUGUCAGCCCAAACGUGGCUAAGAUUGCUAUCAUGGGGGUAUUGCCUACUUACAGAGGUCAUGGUAUUGGUACAGCUCUAUUAAAGACUGCUCAUAAAAUAAUGAGCUCAGAGUGUGCUUUGAGUUCCUUUGGAAUUGGCUCUGUUUUUCCAAGGCUUUGGCCUGGAGUUCCGAUUGAUUUCCCCCAAUCUGACAAAGACUUCUUCAUACACCGAGGGUUUCGGAAGUCACUCUCUCCAACGGCGAAGGACCUGUACAAAGAUAUCAGAUCGAAAGUGGUACCCGAGAAUAUUAUGGAACAGGUUUCAAAAAGUACCUUGAAAUUCUCGCCUUGGUCUAAAGAGUUUGAAGAAGAGUGUCUUAGGAAACAGAGAGCGAAUUUUAAAAAUAUCGGAUGGGUCGAAGCCUACGAAAGACUUGCCGCAGCGAAUCAGCAUCACGAAGUUAUGGUGGCAUUCGACGAGAACGGCAUGCAGGUGGGUUGGACCUUGAUGUGCUCACAGGAAGCUACCGUUACCAAGACCUUUGCAUUUAUGAACUUGUUACCAGCAAAAGAGAAAGCGGGCCUGAUAGGCUGUGUUGGUGUUGAUGAGAGUGCGAGAGGGAAUGGAAUCGGUCUCGCACUUCUCGUCAAGGCGAUGGAGAACAUGAAAGAGCGUGGGAUGGAAGGUGUUUUCAUUGAUUGGGUUGUGAUCAGAGGCUUCUAUGAGAAACUUGGUUUUGCGUCCAUCUGGGAGUAUGAGAAUUACGAAUGGUGA